AUGGCUGCCCCCCUCGCCCACCAGAAGGAUGACCAGAACAGCAGGCGAGGCCAGCUCCACCAAGCCCUGGUUUUCAUCUACGGCCAGAUUGCCCUCCAAGCCCCAAAAGAGAUCUUGUCACUGGAGGCGGGGACAGGCAUCCUGAGGCGAGCCCUCGGCCAUUACAGGGCCAGCUGCCAACUCCUGGGUGUCACCGUUGAGAAUGAGGGCACCCACCUGGAACUGACAUUCUGCAAAAGCGUGACGGACAUUUGCAACGCCGUCCACGAAGCCCAGAAUGCCAGCUUCUGGCUGGCCUGCAAAGAAGAGAUCCUGGACACUUUGUUGGGCUUUCUUGGAAGGAAAUGCUUCUUUGAGACAUCCCUUUGCCCGAGAGCCAUCACGGCCGUCGUCUCUGUCAGCCAACUCAAGCCGUGCCUGCUGGCUGAAGACCUCCGGGGUCUGCUGGCUCUCGUCACCAGAAUCACAGAGAAGGAAAAGAAAGAAUUGGAUUCCGCCCUCUGUGAUCUGCAAGCGGAAGUCCCCCCUGAUCUGACUGGGGCCUCGGCCACACUGGCUAAGGUGGUGAGCACCCACCUCCCUGAAGAUCAGGUGCUGGACUUCGCGGAAGCCCUCCUGGAAGACCUCGCCUCCAGGAUCCCCAUCUGUCCCACGGCUGGAGGUUGCUGGCUGCUUGCCCUCGUCCAAAACCGUGGGGAUACGAUAAAGAGCCAGAUCCCAGGACUCUUGGACCUUUUCUCCAGCCACCUGCCGGCCACCACGCAGUAUGGCUUGGAGGAGGUCCUGAUGGAGGCGAUCUUCACCCUGGCCCACCAGCACCUGGACACCGUCGUGAGUCACCUCCUCCGCCAACGCCUUCCGCUGGUCUGUGGGACCAGCAGGAUCUGGAGGCACUUAGGUGGGGACCCAUCCCUGGCCUUGCUGAUCCUCCCGAAGCUGCUGUCCUUCAUGACCCAGCCAUCCAUCCUGGGGACCAUUUCUGGCUCUGGCUGUGAAGAGCUUGAGGAGGAAGUGGGAGUAAAACACCUCAAGGCCAUCUGUGCCAUGUAUGAAGUGCUCUUGGGGCUGCACAUGGAGGCGAUGGUGCAGAACGCUUUUCUCCAGCUCCUAUACUCUCCCCCGGAGCAACUGAAGUCCUGGGGCUCGUUUGGGGAUCCUGCGACUUGCCCGGAGGGCCUCCGCAUGUUGACCGGGUGCCUGCUGCAGACUGGCAUGCUCGAGGGCGUGCUCAUCCAGAGGGUCCUUCCCUGGAUGAAGUCGGGAUCCUCAAACCUCCGGCUCCUGGGAACCACAAUCUUGACCGAGGUGAUUCCGCUCUGCAGCAAAGAAAGGAUCCAGCUGAGAGCCUUCCUUCCGGUCCUGAAGGAACGAGCCGAAGACCAGCAGCCGGACAUCCGCCUCAUGGCUCUGAGAAGCUUGGGCCGGCUUCUCUUUUGGGCACCGGUUGAGGUAAGAGGACAAAAGAAGGUGAUACUUCAAGUCUUUUGCGGUCACCUACGCGACGCCCCGGUGGUGAAUGAAGUGUUGGACACCUUGACCCUUGUUCUCCAGCACCUCAGGUGGGGCAAAGUGGCCUCCGUCUUCAAAGACAUCUGCAGGAACAUCACAGUGUUCCUGUCUGAUGAGGAUGACCACGUUCGCAGGGCGGCCUUCCACCUCUUUGCGGUCUUGGCCACCUGGGCUAAAUGGCAGUGCCCGACUUUUUUGCUGAAAAAACGGCUUCGGCAUCUGUGUAAGACGACCAACAUCAGCGCCACAAAAAUUAUUGUAGACCUCUGCCAGCACCUGGUCGAAGAAAGCCCCAAACGGAGCGUGGACCUCCUGAGAAAAACGGCAACCUAUUUCUCGAGUGGCCAGGACAAGGUCCGGAUGAAAGCUCUGGAAAUUUCAAGGGACCUUUUACAGAGCAUCCCAGUGACGGAGAUAGAAGAUGAGACAGUGCAUCUUCUUCUGACUGAGCUGGAGGCGUUGCGGGAGAGAGCCGGCCCAAACCUGCCGAGGGCAGUUGCUGCCACGGGGGCUCUGGAAGCCACGAUCCUGAAGAAGAAGGCUGAUCUUCUACAGGCCACCACCAGCACCACUCCGAGAGGUCGCACCUGGUGA